GAUAUGUCAAAGUUGUCAAUUCAGUUGAACGGGUCGAGUCGAUUUCAACUUUCUUUUGCAAAAAUUAACUGCUCAUCAUAUAUGAUAAUGUAAAUAAGUUGCCCAAUAUAGUGGUCAGUGAUCGUCGCUACGCGUUUAUUGUGUCACAAUGGGCGACAGUAGCGAUUCAGACGAGUUUUAUGAUGCCGAGUUCACACCCAUUGACGGUUCAAAUAUAAAAGAUCUGCCAGAGGGGUCUGAGAAAAACCAAAGGCAAAAGAAUUCGGCAGUGAAGCCGGAUUCACCAUCUGUGGUAUUGAGUGUGUCAGGCACUGAAGUUCCUCCAGUUGAGGAUGACAGGACCACAGUUAAAAGUGUAGUACAGGGCCGCAAAAGAUUCCAAGAGUUACGGAGGUGCAUGCAAACGGAAGAUGAAGAUGAUGAUAUCCCAGAUACUGUGGAUACAAUGGACCAACAAACAUUUGCCUUGGAACACCCAUUCAAGAUUAUAGCGCACGACACAAUGAGCCUGCAAAGUAUGACGUCACUAGGCAGGAUCGGCAGAAUACUGAGCGGCGCUGCAGAAUCGCAUCCUAACAUUCGAGACACAGCCCCACCGGUGUCGACACCAUCCAGGGAGCCGUCGACGAUAUCCGACGACCCUCUGCCUGCAGAUAACAGGAAUCAGAAUGCGCUGGUGACGGCGGAGCCCGACGUGAUAGCGAGCACGAAGGCGAACAGCCUGAAGCAGAGCCGCGGCGCCGGCGCCAUCGUGGCCGUGUCGGGCUCCCGCGCCGCGCACGCCGCCCACGGCAGCCACGCCGCCCACGGCAGCCACGCCGCCCACGCCGCGCACGCCGGGCCAGUCGCGCCGCCUCGCAAGAAGAAACGCAACAAACUGCACGGCUCACAGUCACUGUCAAUAGCGGACAGCGACAAUCUGAGCGUGUGUACGACGGAUACUGACGAAUUUCGGUACGUGCGGCGCGCCACCAUCGACAAGCCGCAGCUCGACUCUUUGCUCGUUGAGGCUUCAGUAUCGAAUUCGUUGAACCAAACAAUGUCGUUGCCGAGUCCGGCCAGCACGAUUGAGUCCCUAACGAGAGAAUUCCAGGAUUCACUGGAGUUAUCACAAUCUAAAUAUGCGGCCCUGGAGCUGCAGUCGUCGCAGGAGCGCGGCAGCCCGCCGCCGGCCCGCGCCGGCUCUACACUCGACGUGCGAGACCUGGCUAAAGGCAGUGACAUCCGCGCGGAAGAUGACCGCAGUCGAGGCAGCGCUAGAACUCACAGCGAAGGUCGCGCCUCGCACUCCAGCCUCGGCAACGCGCACAGGCGUGGUACGCUGGAGCGCAGCGGCGGUGGAGGAGCGGCAGCGGCAGGGUCCCGGCGGCGGUCGGCCGGCGACUCGCCGCAACUGGGGCUGGCGCUGCGCACGCGCACCACCUCGGGCCACCAGCUCUCCGACAUCGAGAUCCUCGAGCAGGUCACCGUGCUCAACCUCGACACCGGGGAGCGCGUCCCGCUGAGUGUAGCGGAGCACAAGUUGCCGCAGUGCAUCAACCCGCUGAGUCUUCACAUCAUGCGGCUCACCUCCGAGUACAUAGGGCGCGCCAACGACGACGAUAAUGCAAGCGAGGUCAAGUCGGUUAAAGUUAAGAAAACAUGGCGGAGAUAUGUGUCAUUGAGUGUUUACGCUACGUUCGGCCCCGUGAGGCAAACCUUGGCGAUGCGAGGGCCUAAAGCUAACACCAUGAAAUAUAGGGAGACGGACGAGGAGAGCGAGAGCGUGUGCGGCGCGGGCGCGGACGCCGCCCCGGCCGGCCGCGACCAGCGCGCCGCCGACCGCCACACCGCCGCCAUCCGCAGGAGGACCGACAAACUGAAGCGGUUCUUCGGCAGCACGAUGAAGCGCACGGUGGAGGCGGCGCGGUCGCUGGCGCAGGAGGUGUCGCAGGCGCGGCACAAGGAGGACGUGGCCGACAUCGCGGACGACGUGCGCGGCGACCACAACAUCAAGCUCAAGGCCUCCAACUCGCACAAGGGGCCCUACGACUUCGACGGCUGCGUGAGACACGUGCAGGAGAUGGGCAGCGGUCACGCGGGCGCGGUGUGGUGCUGCAAGUUCAGCGUGUGCGGCCGCCUGCUGGCCACCGCCGGCCAGGACCGCCUGCUGAGGGUCUGGGUCACCAGGGACGCGCACCACAUGUUCCAGGAUAUGAGAACGAAGUACAAUACGGAGCAGAAAUCCUCACCGACGCCGUCUCAAGAGUCGCUGGCGACGCUCGGUGCGGCAGCCAGCACUUCUACCUCCGAAGCCCUGCCACCUUCAGCACCCUUCCACCCUCGACCCUUCUGCGUCUACGCCGGACACACGUCCGACCUCCUAGACGUUUCCUGGUCGAAGAACUACUUCAUACUGUCCUCGUCUAUGGAUAAAACAGUCAGACUUUGGCAUAUAUGCAGAGGGGAGUGCCUAUGUUGCUUCCAGCACAUAGAUUUCGUGACAGCCAUCGUGUUCCACCCCAGAGACGAUAGGUACUUCCUCUCGGGCAGUCUGGAUGGCAAGCUCAGGUUGUGGGAUAUUCCAGACAAGAAGGUAGCAGUAUGGAACGAAGUGGACGGCAAAACGAAGCUGAUAACAGCAGCGAACUUCUGCCAGAACGGCAAAUUCGCCGUCGUCGGCACAUACGACGGCCGCUGCAUCUUCUACACCACAGAUCAACUCAAGUACCACACGCAGAUCGACGUGCGAUCCACCAGGGGGAAGAAUUCGACAGGACGUAAAAUAAGCGGUAUCGAACCCAUGCCUAACGACGACAAAAUACUAAUAACGUCGAACGAUAGCCGCAUAAGACUAUACGACUUGCGAGAUUUGAACUUAUCGUGCAAAUACAAGGGUUACGUUAACGUGUCCAGUCAGAUCAAGGCGUCGUUCUCACACGACGGGAAAUAUAUAGUGAGCGGGUCCGAGAACCAGUGUAUAUACAUAUGGAAGACAUACCACGACUAUUCGAAGUUCACAUCGGUGAGGAGGGACCGCAAUGAUUUCUGGGAGGGCAUAAAGGCGCAUAAUGCAGUGGUCACGUGUGCAGUGUUCGCCCCCAACCCCGACCACAUGAUACGAAUGAUCGCCGAGAGGGAGCAAGAGGCGCGGUCAGCCAGCGGGGAGGACAGCAGGGAAGAUGAAGAGGUGAAGGGCGCCGAGGGUGGCAUGGUGUCGUCGUCGCAGACGGGCCACGUGCUGGUCAGCGCAGACUUCAACGGCUGCAUCAAGGUGUUCGUACACAAAGCCAAGCCCAAGCACAGCUCGCUGCCAGCGUCCGCGCUCGCGUAGCAUCAGCACGCGCACGAUUCUGCCAGAGACUGUAAGUAAAAUGUAUUCCGCGGCUCUGGUAUCAGUUGUGCCCAAUAGAAGGAAACAAAUUUUUCGAACUGUCAAAUUAGAAAAUGUAGUAAGGAUCUUUUGUAAAUGUUAAAUAAAUUACGUUAAUAAUUAUUUAUGUAAAUGGCAGCUUUGUUUCUGUCCACUACUCGUAUAAUAAUAUUGAAUGAUAUUUUUGUUACAGUUAAAACUGUUAACCAGUCUAAAGUACUUUUUUUUUAUUGGUGAAAAUGGUAUAGUAACCCCGCCUGCGCUAACGGGAUACGCUGGCGGAGCACCAGUGAAGGGUGAUAGAUGAGAAUGAAAACAGGCCAGUUAGCCCAUCAUGAUGAAUUCAUCAGGAAUUAACCAUGAUAGUUGCCAGGGGGAACCGUGAGGAGGUCGACCUGGUUGGGUAUAUUGCUAGCGAUGGGAUUCUCAGUCUUCAUUACUAACAAUCCCUUUCCCCCCAGUCAAAAGUACUAUUGACUAGCAAAAUCAGUCAAAAGUAUGGUUAAAAUUACUUUUGACUGUAUGCUUUAGACAAAUAAUACUUUUGUUUAAAAUAACAGUUAAAAGUACCUAACCUGAUCGCAAAUUUGCAGUCAAAAGUGUUAAUACUCAGGAAUGGCAACGCAUGGGGGGUAUCAUGGGCGAAACACUAUACUCUGUUAUGUUCAUGGUACUGCUCAUGUCUGUAGGCGACGGUUACCACUUUCCAUCAGGUGGGCCGUCAGCUUGUUUGCCAUUCUAAGUUGUAUAAAAAAAAAAAACAUAACCAAUAAUUUUCAGUCAAAACCACUUUUGACCAUCCCGUUCAGUCAAAAGUACUUUUGACUGGUUAAGAGUUUAGACUGAAACAUUUCUAUUAAUUGGCGUGCCUGCAUAGAUCUAAUGGUAUGACAUUGGGGGGAAAGGGAUUGUUAGUAAUGGGGUCAAAUAGCCCUAUUACUAACAAUAUAUCCUGUCAGGUCGAACUCCGCGUGGUUCCCCCUGGAAACCAUCGUGUCUAAUUCUAAUUGAAUUCGUCAGGAUGGGCCAACUGACCUGCUUGCAUCCUCAUCAGUCAUCUAUCACUGUUGCCCCGCCGGUGUAUACCGAUAGCGCAGGCGGGGUUACCAUACCAUUAUCACCCAUUAAAAAAAAAAAUGGUAUGAAAUAUGUAGGUGGUAUAUACUAAAGCAACAUUAUACAUGUACCUUGUUUUAGCUAACUAGUGGCAUAACGAAAUAUCAUUUAUAUUUUAUUAUACAUACGUACAUACAUAUCUGUCACGCCUGUCUCCCAUUAGGGUGGGCAGAAACAAUGGAACGCCAAAUGCUUCGAUUCAAACAAACCUCUUUCGCUUCUUCCACAUUCAUCAAUCUUUUCAUACACGCUCGCCGGUUACGGGUACUUUUAAUUUGGCCCUUCUUCAGCACGUCGCAUAUUUGGUCGACACACGUCCGUCUAGGGCGGCCCCUACCGACAUCUCCAUUCAUUUUUGCUCGAUAAAUCUCUUUCGUAAUUCUUGUUUCAUCCAUCCUCUCUAAAUGACCAAACCAAUUUUUUUAUUAUUAUGUUAUUUUUUUAUACAUAUUUCACAAUUUGUGACUGACAAGUGUAAAUAACUAAUAUUUAUUUUGUGUUAAUUGUAUAAAUCAUAUCAGAAUUAUUUGUAAUAUAUUAAAAUUGUAUUUUCAAAUAUUGAAAAGUAACAAGUAUUUAGUGUAAAGAAAUGUAUUAAAUUAACAUAUAUUUUACUAGCGUAUGAACAAAGUGUAAUGCUGUAGGUCCAAAUAUUAAAACUAGAUCUACGAGUGACUUCAUUCUUCUAUUAAAUUUGAAGUAUUUAACUCGUAUCUCUUUUUAAAAAUUUUAUAAAUUUUCCAUAGUGGCCUGGUGCUUCAAUGUACCUACUCCCAAGUCGUAUAUAUAUAUAUAUAUAUAUAUAUAUAUAUAUAUAUAUAUAUAUAUAUAUAUAUAUAUAUAUAUAUAUAUAUUUUAUGCACUGUUACUUUGAAAGACACCCCCACAAUAGAUUAUAAAAUAUACAAAGUAAGAAAAAUAGAGAGAAAAGAGAUAUAUAUAUAUAUAUAUAUAUAUAUAUAUAUAUAUCUUCAUAUAAGAAAAAUACCUUAUUUUUUUAAGAUUGUUAACUACAAACAUCACUGGCAAAGAUAGCGUGUUUAGUCAGAGUGAUACAUUAUGAUCUUGUUUAAAAAGUCCAUAUGGGAAAAACAAUUGUUAUAGGCCCAAGCGAACCCUCGAGCUGUGGCUUGGCGCUAACCAAGACAAACCAAGGCCACUAUGGAAUCCCAGAAUCCUACUAGUAGGAUGUGUACGCGGCUGCUAUUACUAUUUAUUGAUGAAAUCAUGAGAUAAUUAGCUAUUUCGCUCAUAGGUAGUAGCAUAGGCGUAUGGGUACCUCUGUAUUUAUAUUUCUGUCACCGAACAUUAGGAUUGUUUAGGAAUGGCAAUGCAUUUUUAAUACAUCUUUUAAUACAUACAUUGUUCACUCCACUUUGCAUCAGUUGAGCUCUCAAAUUGUUUAUCAUUACAAAUUGUAUCAAAAAAUAUAUUUUAUACCAUCACGCCUAUGCCACGACUGGUGUAUGAACAUGUAUGGAUUCAUAUUUAUCGUAGUUUCAAUUAGAUAAUCAAGAGACCAUAAACACUAUGUACAGGAAUUAAUAACUCUACGGAGUAGGUAUUAAGACUUAUUUUAUAUUCAUGUUAUAAUUUGCGUCAUAUUUUUUUUUUUUUUAAUAGAAGGGAGCAAAUGAUCAUACAGCUCAUCUAAUGGUAACUGAUCUUCAUCCCAUAGAUAUUGGUAGCAUUUUUAAAGAUUGUCUCUUAGUCCACAUUUGUAUAUGUCAAUAACUUUAUUACUAAACGAGAUUCGAUUAUUCUCUAUCAGUCAACCUUUGAGAGCUCAUGUUGUACUUACAACUGAUUGAUUGGAGUUGACUGGAAUAGGACUGAAAUAUAAAAUAUAUAAAAUGUAUCUAAAUAUUUAUUCAGAUAUACUUAUAUAUAUAUAUAUAUAUAUAUAUAUAUAUAUAUAUAUAUAUAUAUAUAUAUAUAUAUAUAUAUAUAUAUAUAACUUGUUUAUGUAUCAUAUGAACUCACCAUUAGAUGGAAAGUAUGCUUGUUUACCAAAACGACAAACGGACGCUGUAUCAGUACGCACGGUUAUGUGAAAUUGUGAAUAUACCAUAACUAGGUCAUUUUGUAAGACCGAAUUUCUUUUUGUGAAUUAUUUUUAGUCUUUUUUUUUUACAUAAUAUAAAUAGAAUUGUUUUAAUUUUCUUUUGUAGGCUGUGUAUUUUCUUUUUACCAUUUUUAAUAUUUCACAAUUAAUUUGGGCAUAGUCUUGCCACUUAAAAACAAUGUGAUUAAUUUAUAUAAUAAGUGUAAAUCAAUUAUUUAGUGUUGUAUAGAAUUUGAUGCCAUUGUUACAUUGUAAAAGGAAAAAGAUAAUGUAUAUUUUUAAUUCGCAUUUACCCCCAUCAAUAAAUUGUUAUAUUUAAA